AUGGUGUCCGAUGGCGAAGCUUUCGCAUUUCAUGUGGACCUAGACACAAUUGAGACCAGCAACCUCAACCGCCAGUUCCUCUUCCGCAAGCAUCACGUGGGCAAGAGCAAGGCCGAGGUGGCGGCUCAGGUGGUGCAGUCAUUUGCACCCGCUGCCAAGAUUGUUGCGCACCAGGCAAAUGUCAAAGAGUCGCGCUUUGGCCUGGACUUUGUCAGAUCAAAGGACAUCGUCCUGAAUGGCCUCGACAACCUCGACGCGCGCCGCCAUGUCAACCGGCUCUGCGUGGCGGGCGGCGUGCCGCUGGUGGAGAGCGGCACCGCGGGGCACAAGGGGCAGGUGACUGUCCAUCUCAAGGGCCGGACUGAGUGCUACGAGUGCACCCACCGCCCAGCCCAGCAGCGCUCCUACCCCAUCUGCACCCUGCGCAACACCCCCGACAAGCCGAUCCACUGCAUCGUGUGGGCAAAAGAGAUGCUGUUUGCCCGCCUCUUCGGCCGCCCCGAGGACGUGACGGACCUGGAUGAGGGCACAGCAGCCAACAAAGAGCCCGCCGCUGCAGCAGCAGCCGCCGCCGCCCCCUCCAACGGCGACGUCGCCCACAGCCACCAGCAAGACCAGGCCGCAGCCGACGCGGCCGUGGCGGCAGCUGCUGCUGCGGCAACUGCGGCCCAGGAGGCGGCCGCGGAGGCACGCGACGCGGCGAGCUUCUUUCUGCGGCGCGAGGGGGAGGCGGCGGCGGCAUACGCGCGGCGCGUGUUUGGGCGCGUGUUCGCGUCGGACAUUGAGCGGGUGGCCGGGAUGGCGGAGCUGUGGAAGCUGCGGCGGCCGCCCACGCCCCUGAACCUCGACCACCUGCUGCCAGACGCGGCCGCGGCAGACGAACGGGUGCUGGCGGCCGCAGCGGCGGCAGCGGGCCAUGGCGGCGGCGGCGGCGGUGUGGCGCGGGCCCUGGGACUCGGGGACCACGAGGUGUGGAGCGACGCGGACGCGGCUCUGGUGUUUCUGGCGGCGGUGGUGGCUUUCCUGGAGCACCGGCCGGAGGAGCUGGGGGCAGCGGUGUUCGACAAGGGGGCCGGAUGCGCCGUGCUGUGGCGCUGGUUCGCCUUCCGGUUGGGCGGGGCAACGGGCAGCAUGAGGGGGCGACGGGCCGCCGAGGAGGUUGGCGGCCUGGUGGGGGGGUACCUAGGGUCUUGGUGGCGGAGGUGA